GCCAAACGAAGCGCUGCUGGUCAUAACAACUUGUCGAACACAGUACAACAGGAUUAUUGCAAGCGCGAAGUCGGAAACCAGCCAGCCAGCAUAUUGACAUUCUUGUUACUGCGCGCUGAGGUACCGGCAUCGAGUGGUACUCCAGGGCUUCGUUUGCAGUAGAAGUCAGUACGACCUGUCAGGCGAGGACUUAUCCAUAAGGUUGCAAGGCAUGCAAACACAAGCGCGGGCAGGCUGCGGCGGUGCUCAACUCCUGCGUCGGUGACAAGCUGCCUCCCGAUAUUAAUGCUACAACGGCGCCGGAGCUCACCGCCGAAGCGGCAGGCUCCAGCCGGAGCGCUGCAACACCAGUUUGGGGACACCGGCCGGGGCACGAAGCGAUGGUCCUCUGCUCGUGCUUACCAGGCGCAUCUUUCGAGAGCGCACUGCGCAAGGGUGACGUGGCGCUGGCGCUGUCGCACCUGCGUGACGAUCCGCUGACCGCGUGUCGCACCACCUUUGGCAAGGGCAACACCAUCUGGCACCUGGCGGGAAACAAUGGGCACGUGGAGCUGCUGCGGGCAAUGGUUGAGCUGCUGAGUGGCGUGUGGCCGCCGCCGCCGCCACUGCCAGACGAGGCGUCGGGCCGGGGUCAUGCGGGCGGCGCCAGCACGCCGUUCGGGCGGCGGUCACACCCCUUCCAGCGCCUGAGCGAUGGCCUGCGCGGCCGCGUGCCCGACCCCUCGCCGCACACGCUGCCCCACUUCGUGGGCUCUGCCAACGUGCUGGGCCAGACGCCGCUGAUGAGCGCCUGCACACACGGCCAUGCGGCGGUGGUGCAGUUCCUGCUGGACGCGGGUGUGACCCCCUGGGCUCGCGACCGGGGUCAGUGCACGGCGCUGCACUACGCCACGCUGCACGACCACGCCGACUGCAUAGCCGCCAUACUGGGGCACGGCGCAUCUGCCCGCCCGCCGCGCGGCAUGCGGCAGACCAUCAUCCGCCUGGUGGACCUGCCCAACGCCACCGGCUAUGCGCCCGCGCACUUCGCCGCCGCCGCCGCCAAGACGGCGGCGCUGCGGGCGCUGCUGGCGGGCGGGGCCAACAUCGCGGCGCGCUGCUGGCAGGAGAGCCUGGACUGGAUCAGCGGCCCUCGGGGCUCCACCCCCAUGCACCUGGCUGCACGGCGCGGCGACGUGGACAUGUGCAAACUGAUACUGCGGCACUACCUGGAGGUGCUGCGGGACGGCGGCGCGGUGGACCCGCGGCUGCACAUGGACGCCCGCGGCAUGCGGCCCGUGCACCUGGCGCUGGACCGGGGCAGCGCGGCGCUGGCGGAGAUCCUGAUGCCCUCCACGCCCCUGGGCCUCAUCUUCGAGGGCACGGACGCCGAGGUGCGCCUCUACAACGUGCCGCGCCUCAAGGCACUGGCGGCGGCGGCGCUGCAGGGUGCUCUGCUGGGGGAGAUUACGGCGCUGGAGGUGGAGGCAGAGGACCGCCGCCGAGUAGUGGCGGAGGCGGCCGUGGCGGCGGCGCGAGCCACGGCGGCGGGCGGCGGCGCCGCCGCCAUCGGCGCCAUCGGCGGCGGCCUUGACGGCCCGCUGGGCAGCUUGGUGGGCACGGGCGGCGUUGGCGGCGGCGGCGCUGGCGGCGAGGGCGGCCUGUCUCGUGCGCCGUCACUCUUGGCCACUGUGAGUCAGGCCAUUGACGGGCUACGUCGCCAGUCGCUGCACUCAGUCCGCAACAUCAAGGAGCGGCUGAGGCGCAACAGCCGCACGCCAGCUGGCAAGAGCACCGCCGGCGGAGCCGGCCCUGGAGCCGGCGGCGGCGGAGCCGGCGCCGCCGAGGACGGCGCCGCCGGCGACAUCGGGAGCGCGGCUACGGCGCGGGUGGGGCCGGAUGGCUUCUUCCAACCGGGUUACGCGGCCAGUGUGUACAGCAACAGUGUGUACGGCAAUGGGCAGUCCCUGUACGGCGUGAUCGGCGGCUCGGGGUACGACUCGGCCCAUCCUGGCGGCGGCGGCGGCGCGGGGUCAGUGUACGGCACCAGCGUUGUGGGCGGCUCUGCGUACGGCAAUGUUGCCUACAGCGGCAACAAUGCCAUGGCAUCCGUCGGGUACGUCGCCUCGCCGGAACCAAACUUCCGAAACGCCGGCGGGCUGACUCGUCCAAUGGCGGGCGCGGGGCCGGCAGCGGGCGCGGGUGGUGUGGAAGCUGUGGACGCAGCGAUGGCGGCAGCGGCGGCGGCGGCGCGGGCGUCUGGUGCUGUUCCCACAGAAGGUGGGCGAAGGAGUCGGAGCCGCUCGGUGGGCUCUAAGGCUGACGGCGACAGCGGCGGCACUGACGGCGGCAGCGGGCGGGCGCUCGAGGAGGGUGUGUGUGACGCGCCGCAGGUGCCCAGACGCGUGUCGCCCGUUCGCGGCUCGUCGUUUGAGGGGGAGGUUAGGGCGCCACCGCAGCCGCCCGCGCAGCCGGGCCUCGCUGUGCCGCCGCCGUGGCUGACGGCCCCGUCACGGGCUGGCGGCGCCGCCGCCGAGGCCGCCGCCGCCGCCGGCGGCGGCGCGGGCACGGGCACAGGCGCGGGGCUGGGGCUGACGUUCGGCGGCAGUCCGUUGCAGCUGCCGCCACUGGCGCCGCGGCAGUCCCAGUCGUCGCUGCCCCAGCUGCCGCCGCCGCAGGCGCCAGCAGGCAUCUCGCCCUUCGCGAUGCCCGCAGCGCAGCAGCAGCAGCAGCCGUACCACUCGGGCGCGCGCAGCCGCGUCGCCGGCGGCAGCCCAUUGCUGGGCUGCAGCGGCAGUGUGGAGGCCUGCGGCACGCCCGUCAGCGCCAUUGCGAGCAUGGCCGCCGCCGGCACCGCCGCGGCGCGGCAGUCGGGCACAGCCCUGCAGCACCUGCAGCAGCCGACGGGUGGCUCGUCACCGCUGGCCUACCGUGGCAGUGGCGCUGGCGGCGGUGGGGGCGGAGGCGGAGUUCUGGGCUCGGCAGGCGCCGGCGCCGCCGGCACCGCAGCCGCCGCGGGCGUGGCUCUGGGUGCGGCUAUUGGCAUGGGCUUGCAACCCGUGGACGAGGGCGGGCCAGGUGACGAGGCCGAGGCGGCGGUGGGAAGCUACUCUCGGGCCGUGGCGGCUCGCGGCGGCGGCGGCGGCGGCGGCGGCGGCUUCCUGGAUGUUUGGCCUGAGCCGCCGCUGCCGCCGCUGCCGCCGCUGGCGACCGCCGCCCGCGCGCCGUCGGGGCCGCCGUCCGCCAAUGUGGGCGCGGCCGUGGUCGACGCGGCAGCGGGCAUGCGUCGCAGCAACACUGGAGGAGCGGGCGGCGGCGGCGGAGGAGGCGCCACGUACAGCACUGACCUUGUGGGCGGGAGCCCGGUGUUUGCGGGCAGUCCCACGGGCGGCAGCCCCCGCUCGCUGCGGGGCAGCUAUGCAGGUAUGGGCGCCGGGGCCGGGGCCGGCGCCGGGGCGGGCGCUGGCCUCGUCGGCACCUCAAGCGGCCUACACAGCGCCCACAGCGGUCGUCUGGAGCAAGCGGCAGGAGCUCCCGGGGGCGCGGGGGGUGCGGGAGGAGGCGGAGGUGGAGGCAACCUGCUCGCGAGCAUCCUCAGCGCCUUUGGCGGUGGUGGUGGUGGCGGUGGAGGUGGUGGUGGUGGCGGGACAGGAGGUAGCCCGGUGGCCAGCCGGCGCGGCAGCGGCCGCCUGCAGCGGCAGGGAUCCAACCCCACCUCGGCGACGGGCGGCGGUGCGGUCGCUGCCGGCGGCGUGAUCGGCUCGGACACGUCCGAGGACUACUGCGGCAUUUGCUUCGAGCGGCCCGUGCUCAUAUUCAUCAAGCCCUGCCACCACUACCUUUGCGCCGAGUGCUCACGCGAGGUGACGCGCAUGGUGGAGACCCAGGCGCCGCAGUGCCCCUACUGCCGCGGCACCGUGCGGGGCUUCGGCUGCUGAGCACCGCGGGCGCUGGCGUCCAGCGAGCGAGGAGCUGUGCCAGUAGCCGCGGGAGCUGGCGCUGAGCGAGGAGCGGUGCAAGGUGGCGACUGGGGCAGCGACGCUGACGGGUACCGCACCGUGCCCUGUCAGGUCAUCAGGUGACGUGCAACAACACCGAGCUAGAGCUAGUAGAAAAAAUAGGUCAUGGGCUCAUGGGAAUUUUGCAAGGAACGCAUCGUGCAGCAGCAGGAUGGUGCUUUGGUAUCAUUAUUUGCAUUGCCAUGUCCAAUGCCGGUGCGCCUGAAGGCGGCUAGGGGUGCUGAGCACGCGUUCAGGAGUGCAGCAGGGCGCUGGCGUGCUGCAGCGGCGCACGUACACGUGUGCCCGGUGCAGUGCGGUGCAACUGGGUGCAGCAGGGGAGCGCUGCGUGCGUGCGCCUGCGGGCUCAGCCUGACUAGGGCCUAGUCAUUAGUCAUUAGUCGAGAGCUUGGCAGCGGCUGGGCAAGUAGGUGGCAGGUGGGUCAGUGCGGUGAGCUCAGUGCGCGCCGGGAAAUGCGGGAAGGCAGGCCAUGCUGUGGGCGGUGCUGCACAGGCUGCGAAAGCCGUUGCAGGUGGCCGGUGUGCAUACAUGUUGGGUCUGAGGAGGCAGAGGCUGCGUCCGUGGGCGGAACAUGUCGCGGACAUGACGUCGGGACACAGACUGGCACGUCGGAGGUUGGCAUGUCAUUUACAUGGUACAGUCAGAUGAGGGACCAUACUACCGGUGUUCGGCCUGCUCUGGUUGGCUGCCGAACUUUCCAGUGUUACAUGUCCGCGGCCUUUUCAUCUUCGCCUGGUCUCGGGUUAAACGGGAUC